UUUUGAAGAAAAAGCUGAAAAAAAAAUUGUACAAAAAAAGUGACAUUAAAUUUUAAAAGAAUAACAAUUUAAAUUAAAUCAUCUAAUUGUUUUUUGUUGUUGUAAUUAAGUUAAACAUUAUGGAGAUAACAGUUAUCUAGAUCAUUGUGCUGAUUGUCAACUUUGGAUUUCCAUCAUUUGUAAACCUUAUGUUUUUUGUUUGGGUGGAAAAAAAAAUGCCAGGAUUAUCAAGUGAAAAAACCGCAUUGUUGGAAGUCUUGUUCAUCUUAUAAAAUUUGAGCUGUUGAUAACAAAUAGAAUUAUUAUUAUUAUUGUAAUAAUAAUACUGAUAAUUGACUAGAUUGAUUUACCUUUGCGCUUUUUGCACUAAACCAUGUUACCAGAUAAAUAUGCAAAUUCACAAUAUGCAGCUGUUGCAGCCAACCUGAAUUUAAGAGCUACAUUUCACCAUCAUACACAAUAUCCAUCAAUGAAUUUUCCUAAUACCUUGGCUCGUGAUUUAAUCAGUUUUGGAAAUAAUUCUCAUUCUUUUAAACAUGGUCCACCAAAUUCUUGUCCAAAUCAAACCAGAGGAAAUAUUAAUUCAGCAAUAGCGAGCAAUAAUCAUCAUCUCAAUAGUUGUAAUGUGAUGUUUAGCUUAGCACCAAACAAUUAUUAUUCUAAUUUUAAUAUAACAGGUCCAGCCAUGGUUGGAACUAGUAAUCAUUAUCACAAUCAUAACCAUAAUCUUCAACCUGGUCCUCCACCAACAGUUGCAACUAAUCACGGAAGCACAUCUCGUUCUUCAUCGGUAGCAAGUAAUCACGCUAUUCAACAUGGAAGUGAAUCUUCAUCGUGUAGCUAUGGCUACAAUAGUCCAUCAACUAUUCCACAUUCUCCUUAUCAAAAGAGAUCUAGUGUAUCAGCAACAUCCUCAGGAGUAUCUAGUCAGAAUUCAGCUGUGAUUUCAGCUCCAGUUUCCAGUGGAGUCACAGGUUAUCCCAAUAAUUCAUUCAACAAUCCAGCUCAAGAUGAUCCUAUGAGACAUUUUCAUGUAAAUACACAAAACAAUGGAACCUCAUACCCGACUAAUUUUAACACUGCAACACGUUAUCCUCCACCCAAAGUUACAAGUGGUGCAAAUAAUUCACCAGCUUCUACUGGUUCGAUGAGCUCUUGCAUGGUAGCUGCUGCCGCAGCAGCUUCAUCAACAAAUCCAAAUGCUCCCUUAAAUUAUUUACAACACAAUUUAACACCAACUGGAAGUGGUGAUAGUGAAGCUUGCCUUUCAAGUAUAUCCAAUUUAACACCAACGAUCUCAGAUAAUAUUCCCAAUGGCGAUAAAAUGAACGAUUCUCAAUUAAAUGUAAACGUUGAUCAUCCUGUUAUUACUAGUGAACCUCAUUUGACUUCAGUUUUCACUGAAACAGAUAUUGAGUUCUCUAAUCUUAUCUAUCCUCUACUUGAUGCCACUGCAGCAGCAAAUUAUGCUGAACAAAUGAGAAUUGAUGGAACGGGACCAAAGAAAAAGAAAGAAAGAUCUAAGAAACAUAAGAAAAAAGAGAAAAUUAAAAGUAUUGAUCGAAUCUCAAUGCCAACCAACACUAACACAAAUACCAACAGCAAUUUAAACAAUCUUUCUUUACCCUAUCACCAAACAUCAAAUUCAAAUUAUAAUGAAAGUUUCUCAAAUCAUAUGAACCAAAAUUGCAACACAUUCGACCAUCAACAAUCUCAUCACCAGAGUCCAGCUUCUCAUCCAUCAACACCAAUACACCAACAGCAAUCAACUAUUUAUCCUCAGGCAAGAUCUUCAAGUACACCGUAUUCAGAACCAAUUCCAUCGUUUAAUCAGCAGCUUCGACAAGUUCCUCAAACUCCACAAUCAAUGUUACCUGAUAAUUAUUCAGCUUCUCCAUACGCAGCUGUUGCAGCGGCAGCUAACUUGAGAGCAGCCUUUCACUCUCAUACACAAUAUCCAUCAAUGAAUUUUCCUAAUACCUUGGCUCGUGAUUUGAUCAGUUUUGGAAAUAAUCCUCAUUCUUUUAAACAUGGUCCACCAAAUUCUUGUCCAAAUCAAACCAGAGGAAAUAUUAAUUCAGCAAUAGCGAGCAAUAAUCAUCAUCUCAAUAAUUGUAAUGUGAUGUUUAGCUUAGCACCAAACAAUUAUUAUUCUAAUUUUAAUUUAACAAGUUCAGCUAUGGUUGGAGCCAAUAAUCAUCAUCAUAACCUCAACCACAAUCCAAAUCACAAUCACAAUCCCAAUCAUAAUCAUAACCAUAAUCUCCCAGCUACUGGUGGCGUUGGACCACCACCAACAGUUGCAACUAAUCACGGAAGCACAUCUCGUUCUUCAUCGGUAGCAAGUAAUCACGCUAUUCAGCAUGGAAGUGAAUCUUCAUCGUGUAGCUAUGGCUACAAUAGUCCAUCAACUAUUCCACAUUCUCCUUAUCAAAAGAGAUCUAGUGUAUCAGCAACAUCCUCAGGAGUAUCUAGUCAGAAUUCAGCUGUGAUUUCAGCUCCAGUUUCCAGUGGAGUCACAGGUUAUCCCAAUAAUUCAUUCAACAAUCCAGCUCAAGAUGAUCUUAUGAGACAUUUUCAUUCUCAAAACAAUGGAACCUCAUACUCGACUAAUUUUAACACUGCAACACGUUAUCCUCCACCCAAAGCUUCAAGUGGCUGUUACAAUCGAAUCUCAAUGCCAGGAAACACCAAUAGCAAUCUAAAUAAUCUAUCACUUUCCUAUCAUCAAACUCAAAACUCUCAAUAUCAUGAAAAUUUCUCUAACCAUAUGAACCAAAGUUGUAAUACAUUCGAACAGCAACAAUCUCACCAUCAUAGUCCGGCUUCUCAUCCAUCAACUCCUGUUCAUCAGCAGCAAUCAAAUAUCUAUCCUCAGGCGAGGUCCUCAAGUACACCCUAUUCAGAAUCAAGUUCAUCUGGAAAUCAGCAACUUCAACAGCAACAACAACAACAAGUAUCACAAACUCAACAAGCUCCUUCCGUUUCUCAACAAACGCUACAAUCCACAGUAUCUCAUUCAGAAACUCAGCCCACACAUUUGCAAUCUCAGCCAAAUUUAAUGUCACAAUCUGACUUGGUACCCAGAGUGUCACCAUCAUGUUUUGAUACUAACACUUCAUUGAGCAAUCUACAAUCUGAUAUAAUGAAUGGUUCAGUUCAUUCAAAUCAAACCAGUUCAUCAAUGGAUUAUCCUAAAUCUCCUUCAGAUAAUACAUUCCAACAACCCAUGAUUGUUCACCAUAAUGUGGAUAAUUCUUGUUCUGUUCCUCCUACUCCACAUCCUAAUCUAAGUACAACAGAAAAUGAUGAUCAACUUGACAAUCAAAUAUCAGAAAAACUUUCAUCUAUUCAAGAUGAUCUUGAUUUUCUAACAGCAGCCGAAGAGUGUGAAUCAAACUCACAAGUUGUUAGAAAUGAGAUUAGUACUCAAGUUAAUCCUCAAAUGGUUAGUUCAGAUGAAUCUCAUAACAUUUCUAUGGAUCAGCAACAACCACAACAACAACAACAACAUCAACAGCAUCACCACCAAUCAGAACCUUUAUCAUCAACGCCAAUCGUAUCAUCAGUUCAACCAAAUUUAAUAUCGGCAACAUCUCCAUCAUCAGCAGUAUCUCCAACAUCAACAUCAGUAUCAAGUUGCAUGGAACAGUCCAAAUCAACAUCAACAAUCAGUGUUUGUACUGUUGAUCCUAUUUUGACUAAAACUUGUGCCAUUCCUGAUGAUGACUCAAUGAUGAUAAGAUCUACUCCAACACCAACAUCAACACCAACAACCUCAAUCAAUAAUGUUAAUAAUAAUUCAAAAGGCUAUCAAACCGAUUUUAUUAGCCUGCCACAACAAAGAGUGCCAACACCAAUGACUUCUGACAUUGGAAUCGAUAUAAAUAACGUUGAGAAUAAGAUGAAUAACGAAACUGGCGGCAAUAAUGGUGGCAAUGGUGGUGCAAUCAAGAAGAAGAAAAAAUCAAAAGAAGCCAAGACAAAAAUAUUUUGUUCCCAAAAACUAAUCCAAGGUUCUUCAUCUGGUAACAAUAAUAAUAAUCAAAAGAAAUCAAAUUCAAUAAUCAAUAUUGUUCCAGUUCAUGGUGACAAUUUUAAUAAUAAGAUGUCAUCCCAUAUAAACAAUAAGUCACUUUUAUCAAAUAUAACAACAACUACCUGUAAACCCAUAGAGGUAACCAAUAUAAGGAAAACAAGUGAUAUCAAAGAUCAUGAAGCUAAAUUUUUCAAAAUGAGACCUGUUGCUAAUACGACAACAAUCACAACUAUCAAUGAACCGACUAAUAUGAGGAUAAGCUGUAAAAGUACAAAGAAACGUAAAUUGGAGGAAACAGGAAAAGAGCACAAAUCAGCUGUUGAUGAAUAUGAAUUCCCUGAUAGUCCGACUCACCUUUCAACAACGAAAAAGGUUAAAAGAAUCAAUUUGGAGAACUCAAAGAAAAAAGUUUCCGACAAACUAUUAACUAAUAGUAAUAACUGUUCAAUAACUAUUGAUAGGAAAGUUUCCCUUAAACCAAAAAUGAAAUCGAAUCAAAAUUUCACGGGUAACACAGCAUCUACUAAAUUAAACAUCAGCGAUAAAACGGAAAUAAUCAACAUUGUUGGCCCACGGACAAGUAAUUUGAAUCAACAACAGCAACAACAACACUGUAAUAAGGGUAAAUUUGACGAGAGAAUGACAAAAUCUUCUGGAUCGUUGGAUGCAAAGAAAUUAAAUCAAUUUAAUUGCUUAAAUAAUCCUAAUCUUCAUCUUAAUCAACCUCAUAAUCAAAAGGUGAUGAAAGACUCCUCCAAAGUACCUUCCAUCAUUGUUCAAGAGAUUAUCACUCAACCAAAUUCAUCAUCUUUAUCUCAUCAACCCUCCACCACUAAAAAUCUAACCAACACCAUCAACAUCGUCAGUAUAAGUAAAAAAUCAUCGAACAUUGGAUCUAAUCAAAGUAAAAAAGAAUCACCAACACGAACUUGUAUCAUGAAUAAUCCUAUUCCUACGAAUACAAUCACGACAAUUGUUCCAAUACCAUCAAAUACUUUAAACACAUCAAUAAUUAUUUCCAAUCCACAAACAACUUCUAAUUUAACAACGACCACAAUAACAAAUCAACAAGCAUUAGCUCAUCUAUCACAAUCAAUUUCAUCAACUCCUUCAUUAUCUUCAAUACCAAUGGCACCAACUCAAACGUCAACAACAACUCAACAGUCUCAGCAACAGCAACAACAACAACAACAACCACAUCCAACUGGAUCUAUUAAAAAUCUAACCAAUGCUAAUGUUUUAAUGCAAAGUGCUGGGACCAACACACCUCGAAGACGAUCACAAGAUAAAAAAGCGCUCACCAUAAGGGAAGGAUUAAUGAGAACAGGAGACUUUGUUGUCUCCUUAGAUGAAACUGAAUCUGAACUCCCGAUGAUCUGGAGGAUAGAGGGUAAAAGUUUAUUACAACGUUUCGAGCCAAGUGAUCAGGAUGGUCAAAUUGUUUACACAAACACUUCUUCAUACUCUGCAUGGAAUCCAACCGUUAAACAGCGUUACACUGGUGUUGAUGUUAGAAUUGUUGGUUGUAAUAGAACCAAAAUUGUCGUCGAAAAGCUUGGUUUAACUCGUAAUAAUAGCAAUUAUGAUAAAAGUGAUCCUGAAAAAAGUUCAAGUGGUGGUAACGUGAAUAUAAUCACCAAUGGUGAGAUUACUGUUGAAAAAUGUAAAGCGCCUGAGGAUAAACCUGCUAAUAAUUUUCAACACCAAGCUGAUUUUGAAGUAUUCAUUCAAACUUUGAUAAGUCAAGCCUUAGAUGCUAAUUUUAUUUCUGAGAUUAUCAAAGAAAAUGAUGAAUAUUUCCUCUCACAUAUCCAAGCCAUUGAUGAUUACUGUGUAAAAAAGAAAUCACGUUUCUUUACCAAAGUCAAAUGGGAUGCUCAUAUUGUCAAAUGUGUAGAAACUUUUUCAAGCUUUAAUGUAAUACCUCAAUCACAAGUCGGUGAUUUAAGAUGCCGGCUAUGUCAUGAUAAAUGGAGCACUCAGAUCCUACACUUCACUGGUAAAACCUACGAUCAAAUCACUCUUGAGAUUAAGGAACCAGUGGACAUUAAACAAACCAAAUAUGCGGCUUGUGACGAAUGUAAAGAAAUCACCUUAUUUUCUAAUCUUCAUCAUCAAAAGUAUAACUUUUAUGCCAAGUGCCGUGGAAAGGUUGAAGAAAUGAGAGGUGGAGUUGAGGACAAAGAUUCACCAAUGAUUCUAGAGGAAUGUCUCAAAGACAUUGGCUGGAUGCAAUCUUUAUUCAAGCAAUUUGAGGAGAUAUGGCAAUCGUGCGAUCGGAUUAGAUGAUUGAUUAUAAUUUCUCUUAUCUAAAGGAUAAUAUAAUUCUGAUUCAUCUAAAAUUUUCAAUGUACUAUAAAUAUUAAUCUAUGAUUUCAUAGUCCUAAUUGUACAGUGUGUUGAUUUUAAUCAAUUGUGUCGAUGUUAUAAUAUCGUAAAUAUUGAAUCACUAUCACUAUCAUCAUCAUCAUCAACAUCAUCAUCAUCACCAGACAAAAUACAUAAGUAACACAGCAUUAUUAUCAAAAAGUAACAAAUAUUAAUGUAAACCUUAAUUUACGUUUAUUGUUUUUAUUAUGAGAAACAAAAUUGUGAACAUACAAAUCGACUGAAUUAAUUGAAUUUAUUUGAUUUUGAUUGAUUAUACAAUCAAUUCUUUUUUUUGUAAAUUAAAAGAAAACCUUAUUGUGAAUAGACUGACCAUUAAACAGAUGAUAAUCUUAUA